CCAUUUUAUUCCCAAAUGACGAGGACUGUCAUGGAUGUGAAAUGCUUACUACUGUUGCUUUCUGCUGUGGUUCUGAUUACAGGUAGGACCCAGCACACUGGAAAGCGAUUCAUCGCAUCCCUUUUCUCGGUGUACCCAAAUGGUCGGGACCGAGACGUUCCGUUCGUCUCCAUCGGCCAUACCCAUGAAGGAAGCUGCACGCUAACUAACAGUGACGGCAACAGUACGGACAUCCAACUUCGGGGCAACAGCACAUUCACACAAUUUAGUCUACCCUACAUAAAAGAAUUAUAUUUAGGGAUAUUUGUCGACAACCGGGCUAUAGAACUUGAGUGUACAACAGAUGUCUCCUUCUAUAUUUUCCUACGACGACACGUCAACGUAGGAGCUUUUGGAUACCCCGUACUUCCUAUAGAAUCUUUGUCUAAUAGGUACAUCGUAGCAUCAGUGCCGAACAACCCGAUUGUGGGAAUUGCUGCACUGUUUGACAAUACAACCGUAACCUUCCAUUUUAAAAGCGACUUUAAAUGCACUUACUAUGUCCACGGGACCUAUGUCGGUCGCGGUAGCAAGCUUACAAGAGUAUUGAAUAAAAGAGAUGUGUUUCAGAUAGCUGGGCGUAUUUUAACUCAGUUGGAAUAUUGUGAUCUUGGAGGAUCAAUUAUUGAGAGCAGUGCACCUGUAGCAGUGUUCUCAGGGUCUCCUGGCGUGUAUUAUCAACACUAUUUCAGUAAGACUAUCAUGAGUCAGGUACCUCCGGUAACAACCUGGGGAACACAGUAUAUUGUACCACCGCCACUAACAUCAGAUAUGUUAAGAAGUAGAAUCUUGGCCGCUUAUAAUGACACGACAGUAACCAUUGAACUACCAACUGGUGUCAAGACAAUUAAUCUUCAUGAAACAGAAUUCUAUGACCAAAUCACCAAGAUGGGGUCGGAGGCAGUAUACAUCCACAGCACAAAGCCGAUACUUGUCCGUCAAAUAUUUGGAAAAGCAGGAGGUAUUGUCCCACCUAUUGAAGACUACGGUACAGAAUAUCUCAUACCAGACCUGAACACUGAUGACAAGAAAUACCAGCGUCACGUCAUCAUCUUCACCAGCGCUGACUGCACGUCUAACAUUGACGUUGACGCACCGUGGACGACACAGUCGAACACUUCUCUCAGACUCGCUUUCGUUAGCUUUAAAGAUUCGUACAAUUUCACCUCCAUAAGAAGUAACUCUUCAGCCUGUCCCUUUGCUGUGCGGGUCAGUGGUGAAGCUUACAUGGAGUCGGUUGGGUUCUUCCUGAGUCGACACAAGUUUCCAGAAGAAGGCCUCAUAGACACGGUAAACCUUACAUGCUCACCCGAGACUUGGCAGGUAAAGGUGGACAUCCAACAGCUGCAUGACGCAUACCCUAACUCUGUCAGCCAGAACAUCUACAUGUCCAACAAAUUCUGUCCCGGCUUCCUUGACGGGGAUGUCCUUGUCUUCAAUUCCUCCUACGACGACUGCAACACGAAAACGACGGAAGACAAUACGUCGAUUAAAUUCAGCAAUUACCUCAUCGAAUAUGAAACAGAUCCACAAACUGAUAUUGUUGUUGGUGCAAGAUGGCGCUACAACCUGGAAUGUGACCUUCCCAAACGUGAAACUGCGGCGAUCAGCUUCAAUCCUGUCAACACUAACGUGGCGACUGUGGGGGCAACCGACACCCUAUCAGGAGAUGGAGCAGUGAUAACAUUUUACAGCGACGAUGCUUUCCAAAAUCAAAUGAACGGAAAUCCUCUGAAGGUGAACCUUGGGUCACGCGUGUAUGUUCAAGUUGCGAUGAAGGGGUCAGCCCAGGCCAAACUGUUCGUGGAUAACUGCUACGUCAGUGAACAUAUCAAGGGCGACAACUCUACUCGAGCUGCUCUCAUUCAGGAUAGAUGCGCGGCGAACCAUUUCACCCACAUUCUCGGCCAUGUCGAUUCCUUCACACGGUUUUACUUCGAUGUCUUCGAUGUGCCACAUCACCAUGACACCAUCUACGUCACGUGUGACGUCAGUUUCUGUCCACUUGUGGAUUUUUCACCGGCGUGUCAAAGUGGUUGUAACAAGACAAUGUCGUAGAGUGUUGAUGAUGAAAAUAAACAAAUAAGUAAGCAUA